AUGAAGUGGUCAAGCCACUGUGCCGAGCGGACGGAAAUGCGGGUCACGACGAGGAAUGCCUUUAUCUUCUUGGUGCUCUGUCUGCAAGGCUUCAUGAUCCUUCUACGAUUCAUCUCCAAAGGAGCUGCCUACUACCGCGUCGUUCGUAUCCAUUCCAUCGUCACAACUGAAUGCGUCAUGUUGAUUGGCUCAUUGUACAUCUGGAGCCGGCUCUCGCACGCCGUCUGGUUGGUUUUUGAUUAGAUUAUUGUCUUUCGUUUUCAUUUUAGUAGGAGGAGUCCCAAAUUUGAGAGUGUUUGCAUAAGCCUUUCGUUUUAUGAGGAGAGAAGUGAGGAAAAUUGAAAAAAAAAGAAUUUUAUAAAAAUAGUAAAUUUGAAGUUCAUUAUAACCCAUUUUCAAAAAGUAGCGUUUUUUUAAACAAGCUUUCUUGGCUCAUAUUUUAAAAUUGGUCUCUAAAAAAAUCUUCUGCAAUCGUGAGAACAACGAGUAAAUUUUUAAAAAAAGUGAUGAUCAUCAAAAAAAUUUUUCAGCCACUUCUUUUUUUGUUGAAUCAAAAAUUUAUUUUUCCAGAAGAGUUUGUGAAAAAAAUUAUAUUCCUAUUUCUGAACCCUCAAGUUUUUCCCAAGCAAAAAAAUCAUAAUUUUUCAAUGAAAAAUACGGUUCUAUAAAAUUUCCAGCAAGCGUAAAAAAAUAAUGAUACCAAGGUCAGCUUAAGUUUUUUUCAUUACCGCAUUCCAAAGUCAAUACGAGAAGUUUUGUACUCAAAAAAACUUUAAAUUUUAUGAGUUCUUCUUCAAUAAUUUCACUCAAAGACUGUUUUUAGUGAUCUUCUGCCGUCGGACCACGAACAUCCGAUGCCUGCCCGGUGGCGUUGGAGGAGAAUUUGCAUGCACGACGUCGCCAGAUCCGCUGUCGUCAUGUUCUUGGUUCUCAGCCAUCUAUCAUUUCUUUUCUACUACAUCUUUCUAGGUUAGUGGUUUUCACAAUUUGGUCAAAAAUGAGCUGGUUCGGUUCAAUUUGUAACAAUAUUACUUACUUUACUUUGAUACUUUGAUGGUCCAUCUUCGCUGAUGUUAUCAGCGUUUAUAAAGAAAUGGAGAGGAAACUUUGAAAAUAAUAAAUUUCAGGAGCUGAGCCGAACCUCUUCGCAUUGGUCUGCUUGAGUGCGAUGGCAGCUUUCCUGCACGUUUUCUUCUUCUUGCUUCUCGCCGAUUUCAUUUAUUACUCGAUGCAGUUUUUCCACGAAUGUGUUUUCAACAACAGCGUCUACAUGUGAGUUGUAUACUAAUAUAUGUAUAACAUCUUCAUGAUAUUUUCCAAAUUAUCCAACGAUGGUUUGGAAAAUUUCACGAAGAUGUCUUAAAAGGCGGUCGAGGAAUAAUUAAAACUUUUCCAAGAAAUUGAAGCAGAAAGAAAAGGAAAUUGGAAUGAGGGUUUAAUCAGGAAAAGAAUUUUUCUUUGAGAAGAGAAAAGAAAAUGUUCACAUUUAGAUCAGUUGGAAUGGUUCAGCUUGUGACAAUGCUUAGGAACUUCAGAGUGGUUCCUAUAGGGGCAACCAUAGGAAACAUACUUGUGGAUAAUUAUUAUGAACUAUAUGCGAAGAAGCAUUUUCACAAGAAAAACUGAAUAAACAUACGUUUUUGGGCUAAAAAAAGGUCUCCUAAAGGUCCUACUAGAGCUUUAGGGGCUAAGAGGUCAGAUCCUGAAUUCCUAUAGGAACCACCUUAAUUUUACCUCUAUAGAGACCACUUUUUCAACUUUUGAUACUACCUUUGAAUAACAAAAUUUUUUUUCAAAAUAAUGAUGGUUAGGAAGAUAAGAAGGUUAAGGAGAUAAGAACGUUAGAUAAGGUACAAAAAAGAUAAUUUCAUUUUUUCUUGACAAUCCUGUUUCAGGUAUUUGCGACGCAGCCGUAGUUACCACAUCUUGCUGGCCUUCGUUUGUGGAAUGCUCUUCAUGUUUGGAGGACUCGUUUCCACGAGAAUGAACCCCGUUUAUGUCGAUGUGGACAUCCCAAUGAGGGUAAGCUAAAGCAAUUUUAUUCAUUAUUUCACGACUUUUUUUCCAGAAGUUUUCCGAUGGCAGUGAGAACAUUUCGAUCGCCCUUUUGUCGGACAUCCACAUUGGUCCGUCGGUCGGCAGAACUCGCAUGGAAACUAUCGUCAAGCUGACUAAUAAACUCAAGCCGGGUAAUUUUUGAUCUUAAAAAAAUGAAGAUAUAUUCGGAGUUUUUUUUAGAUAUUAUUGCAAUCGCCGGUGAUUUGGCCGAUGGAAUGGUCCGCGAUUUUGGCAAUGCUGCAGCUCCUCUCUGUCAUCUUCAUGCUCCUUAUGGCGUUUAUUUUUGCCACCGGUUAGAUUUUUUUCUUAGUCAUAUUGACAUUUUUGAAAAAAAUUGAUGACAUUAAAGAAAAAAAGUAUAAUCACAUCGAUUUCAGGUUUUUUUCUGAUUUUUCUCGGGAAUGUUUUUUUCAGACGUUCGUUAUGAUUUUUUUCAAUGCACUGGAAUCUUUCAUCAAUCAUAUAAAAAAAUUUGAGGAAUGCCUUUUUGAUUCAAAAUGAGAAAAAUUUUUUUGAAAAUUUUUGUUUCUAAAUCAAAAAUUCAAAUGACCUGAUUUGAAAUUGGAAAGUUCUUUUAGGGAAUCACGAAUACAUGCAUGGAAACGUCGCCGAGUGGUUUGACUUUCUGAGACUUUGCAACAUCACGGUCUUUCCCGUGACUUACUGUGUUUUUUAUACAGAAAUUCUCAGAUUUUGCACAAUCAGAGCAUUCGUAAAGUGAUCAAAGGCCACAAAAUGUGCAUUGCCGGAGCUGAUGACCUGUAUGCUGCUCGUUCGCAGUGAGUUUGAGACACUUUGUGGGACAAAAAAAAAUUCAAAAACGUUUCUGGAUGGUUUUUGAAAAUGCAAACUGGUUUUGACACUUCUCUGAGAUUCAAAGAUUUAGUUGAGAUUUUUCCGGGGUGGCUCUCUUAACCAUGAUAAAAGUGAAGUAAAAACGUAAAAACUUCCGCUUUUUUUAAAAUCCACUUCACGAACCACAGUAAAAGUUACCUUUAACACCCUGAACUGGAAUUUAGAUCUUGGUUACUUUUUUCUGAAGACAGUUUUCUCUUUGAAUUUUUGAUUUUCCCCCCUUUCUACUAUUUUCUCAAAGCAGAAUUUUUUUUUCAGUUUUCCUGGUCACGGCAUGGAUCUCGAAAAAGCCUUAUCUGAAUGCAAUUCGAAUGACACAGUCGUGUUACUGGCUCAUCAGCCGAAUGCUGCAAAACUGGCUUUGAGAAACGAGACGACCAACGGGAACAUUGACCUCAUCCUCUCAGGUUUUAUCAUUUCAUGAUUUUCCAAGGGAAGUUUUUCGUUUUCAGGACACACACACGGAGGCCAGAUGUAUUUGUUCGUGCCUAUUGUGUACUUGGCCAACGCUUUCGCGAGGUUUUUCGAUUUUUAUUUCGGAGUUUGGAAAUGAUCUCCUUUAUUACUGAAGUGAAUGGAUAGGAAAUAGUUCAGAAGUAUUUAGUUCGGGAAAAAAGUUUUGUAUAUGAAAUCUUUCAGAAUCUAUUUUUAAUAUACUUUUUGAAACAGUUUUCAGAAAUCUCCUGGAAAAAAGAAAAAAGUUCUUCUAUGCUCAUUUUCAGCUUUUAGUUAGAAGCCUUGAAAAAGUGAGAAAAACUGUUGAAAAACUCGAAAAACUAGAAUCUUUUUUAAACUUCAAUUUCAGAGGUCUCUACUUCUACGAAAAAACAAAAACUUGGGUUUAUGUGAGCGCCGGAGUCAACUAUUUCGGUCCGCCGAUCAAAAUGUUCAAUAGUUGUGAAAUAAUCAAUAUCCUUCUUUUCAGUAAAUAAUACCUUCUUCCCUUUUUUUCUUUUUGUACAUUUUUUUAUUUUUAAAUGAUACUCAUGUCUUUUUCGUUUUUGUUGGUUUUCUGAAUUAUCUCAGUUCUACGAGUAGAAUAUAUGCAUAACGUAUCCCAGAUAUUAUCGUUUAAUAAGUGUCUAUCCUAUCAAAUAGUCAGUUCUAGGGGUUUUUUUUUUUGGUUGUUGAACAGUUACUUCCGGUUCAGGCAUUCUAGUCAUUUCCUGUUUAGAAUUAUUUCGUCUUUGUUCUUCGUUGUUUCUUUGUUUUUGGAAUCAUUUCUCUGAGCAGCUCGAUGCUGAAUUUACGGCUAUCCAUCAUUUUUUAAAUUGAUAAAGCACAUUUUGUAAAAAUAAACUUGGUUUUGUUAGAAUUUCAAGAAAAUAACUGUUUUUUUUUUUUGCUUGAGGAGAGGGUUGAAAAUUUUUUUUAAAAAUAAACACUUUUGUUGCAUUCUAACAGCUUACAACAUUUACUGGAAUCUCAUCAGACUUCAGUGUCAUAUUGAUAUAAUUUUAGUUCAGAAGCGAUGCCAUUUUUUGAAAACCUGUCUAAAACAUCUGAAUCUGUUUUUUUCUUUGAAAAUUUGGCAAAAUGGAAUGUUUCACUUUAAGCCAACUACCAAAUUAAAUUAGAAUUCUCCAGAAAAAAGCUUGGUUUAAAGCUUUUCUUUCAUUCACUUUUUUGAAAAAACCUGGAAUAUGAAAACACGAUCAUCGAAAAAAUACGAAAGAAACUGGGAAACAACAUUUUAACGGCCACAACGCCUCCAGGCAUCCGGCUCUGGCGUUAUCGAUGUUUGGGCGAGCGGUUGCGGCGCGGCUGCCAUGCAAGGACUUUUUGCUCCGUCUGGACUCUCCAGCUUCUCCUUCGCCGCCCUCGCAACGUUAAUUCCGAUUCAAGAGGGUUUCUUGUCUUUUUUCGUCGUUUCUGUUUAUACCAGUUUUGGCGUCUCUGCAUGGCAAAGUAUAAAAAAAAGGCGAGUCUAAUUUUUUUCUUCUUCUUUUUUUCAAAAAAAUACUUUUUUUCAUUCUCGUGUUUCAUCUAAGAUUGAAAAAUUUUGGGAAAUGAAAACUGCUCUGAAUAACAACUUCCAUUUUUGAGGGUUCAGAACUAUUUUUCAAGUUUUUAUAUCAAUAAAAGUUUCCUAAAAAUUUUUUUCAAGCUGGCGGUGAAUGAGUAAAAAUCUUUUUUCGAAAACUAUUACGGAAGUUUAUUUUCAUUGGUAGCACGUAAGUGCGUUAUUUAAAUUGAAAUUUACGCUUAAACUCAACUAUUUCUAAUAACUUUACGAAAGAAAAUGUCCAUUUUACAUUUUUUUCAGGAAAAGACGCCAAAUAUGCGGACGCGAUAUCGUUUGACGAUGACGACGGCCUUCCAGUUGCUCGGAAAGUAGUUGAAACCACUAAAGAAGUACGUUGAAACAUUUCUAAAAAAAUGUUUCUAUUAAUCUUUCAGAUUGACCAACCUGUGCAUUCAUCUUUCUUUGCCCUAAACGGAUCUCCACUCUCAGCAAUUAAUGCUCAUUUGAUUCCGCCUUUCAUUGAAGAUCCUAUUGAAUUGUGAGUUUCUAUUUAUUUUCAUCUUCUAAAAAAAGAGUUUAGUUUCGACGAGUUUGGCUUCCGCAAAAAGGAUGAAAACUUGAGAAAAGAAGAAAUCUCUGGAGAAGAAGAUCACAAUGAACCCUGUUCUUCAACGGAUAUUGAGAGUGGUUCACACAAGUGAGUGGACUUCCGACUUUUCAUUUUUUUGAGAGUCCUAGUUUGAAAGUUUACAGGAUGAAGUUCAUUUCGAUGCUUCAAAACAUGCACGAAGAUGUUAAAGAAGAGUUGAUGUGGUCGCAUAUUCACGGGAAAGAGUUGAGAGGCGAUAAAUUUGAAGAACUUCUGAAAGAAGGAGGUCAGAACUAUAAAAUUUCUGUCUCUUAGUUUUAUUUUAAGGCAUACCUCACUCGAUGCGACCUUUUCUCUGGGCUAGGUUGACUGGAGCGACUACAAAACAGAGGAAGGCGGGCUACAGUUAUGAAGAAGUUCUGAAGCAAUCGGCUCUCGACAAACCGUCAAUAGGUUGCAAAACUUUUCACAAAUAAUCUGAACUCACUAUGUUUGUAGGAGUUCAAAUUGAACGAGAUCUGCUGCGGACGAUGCCGACCAAUAUUUGUUUUUGGAAGAAAAACGAAAAAGGAGUCGACUCUUUGAGGCGCAUCUUGAAAGCAGUGGCAUUCAUAUACCCAGAUCUCGGAUACUGUCAAGGAAUGGGUGAGUUUUUUUUGUCGUGAUAAUGAAAAUCAGUUUUCAAAUUUGAGGUGUCAUUGUUGCCUCACUGUUACUGUAUUGUUCGGAAGAGACCACUUUUUGGAUGAUGACAGCUUUGAUUGAAGACAUUUUGCCCCCUAAUUAUUAUAGUCAGACGCUUUUGGGCUUACAGGUAGGCUAUCAUUCUGAUUCUCAUCAAGUCGUGACAAAUUACUAUUUUUUGUAGGCGGAUGAAAGAGUUGCUAGACAUUUGAUGAAAUGCCACGUCCCGGAUUUGAACAAAGCUUUGGAUGACUACGAAGUUGAAGUGAGUUCUUUAAGAUUUUUCCUCAUGACGUUUUAUCCUUCAGAUAUCACUUCUAACCGUGAAUUGGCUACUCACUCUUUUCGGAACGUCUUUCCCGACAUUAACUCUUUUACGUGUUUGGGACUUCAUUUUUUACUACGGAAGUGUCACUAUGUUCAGAGUAUGUGAAAAAAACAUUUUUUUUGUUAUUUGAAAAAGUUCAGGUCAUUGUUUCAAUAUUGAAAAUCAAAGAGGAUUAUAUUGUGGAUAUUGCGAACAGUACCAAGUCUUCAGCAGACAUUUUCAACGCUCUCAGUCAAAUUCCACAUGCGGUGAGCAAAAAUAAAAAAAAGUGACGAAGUUUUUGAUCAGGUUAAUGAUGUUGAUCAAGUCCUGGAGUACAUGGAGUCGUUUGAGUUCACAAUCACGGAUCAUCUCAUCAGUGAGCUGCGCAAAAAACACCAGGUUUUAGUGAGAAUGGUAUAAAAGUUAAUCUUUUUUUUUCAGGCGAUUUUGAUGGCAGAUCAGGGAAUGAUUGUAAAUACAACAACUGACACGAAUUUACCAAAGCAGACCACGCAACGCAGGAAACUGACUCGAUCAAAGUCAAUAAUCCAACAAAUUUUCCACAACAAAGAAGAAGUAAGUUAUAAAGAUAUACCGAAAAAGCCAAUUGCUGAAAUGCCAAUGAACAAUUUAUAAUUGUUUGAAACCAGUCGAUAUGUUUCCCUCUCUCCCCCUAUUUAGACAGUCAAACAACUAAAAGGCUUACACAGGAUGCGGCUUCCCAUUGUUUCCCAAAACGUGACAUUGCAGAUGAGCAGCGAUCCAAAAAUGAAAAACGUCCGCCAAACGGAGAUUCUCGUUGAUUUGAAAGAAUCGGUUCUUCAAAUUUGUCGAUAUUUCAUAAGCUGCGAUGAAAAAAUGGAGAUGAACGUGUGCACACAGGUCAGUUCUACUUCUCCCAAUUCUAUGAUCGUUUUUGGACUAUUCAGACUGACUACAGCCCAGAAUCCCAUACGAAAGAUAUUGAAAACUAUUUGAAAGGCAGACGUGAAGGACACAAAAGGGCCCGUGCGUUGUUGGAUUUUGCUAGACAAGAUGAAGACGAAUUGGGAUUCCGGUUUCAACGACGACCUGAUUUCUAAUCUUUUCAUUUUUCAGAAAGAAUGAUAUCAUCACUAUAAUUAGCGAGAAAGAUGAACAUUGUUGGGUCGGAGAAGUCAACGGACUGAGAGGCUGGUUUCCCGCGAAAUUUGUAGAGGUCUUGGUUUUUAAAAGGUCCGCUGAACGUUUCAAGUACAGGUCGUUGACGAGAGAGGCAAAAGUUACACAAUAUAUGGAGACGAAGCGGUUUCCCCGGAAGUUACAGAAUACAUUCGUGGUUUGCAGUUUUUUGGAAGGAGCGUGUCAAAUUCUUCAUUUUAGGAAGAUUAGCGAAUAGUUUCCGACAAAUAAUGGAUCAUGGGAUCAGAGAAAGCGCUUUGUACCCUAGCACUCCGUAUCAUCCUUGGUCAUUUCUAGGUUGAUAUAAAUCAGAAGAUUUCUCAAAAUUGAGCUAUGAUUUACAGAAGACAUCGCUUAUUACUCGGUGGAAAAAAACUUCAGCUCCGUUUAUUCUCGGCUAACACUUUGCAACACAUUCAACCUUGACCAGGAUGGAAAGUUGUUGACCCCGGAAGAAUUAUUAUUUCGUUCUGUUCAAAUGGUCAACGAUUCACACAACGCUGCUUCAGCCCAUCCAGAUGUGAAACUGAGGUUCUGAGAAAUUCGGUUUAAUAUAAUGUCAUAUCAAUUUCCAGGUCUUUGUUGGUGGUUGGUGUGAAUGAACAGUGUCUGCAUUUGUGGUUCGAGCUUUUAUGUGCGACUUUCAGUCACGAACACAUAAGGAAUAAAUAUUACCACAGUUGGGCUUUUAUCCGAUCUCCUGCAUGGCGACAGGUGAGAAGUUUAUUUGAUGUUAGGAGCAAUAAAAACUCAGAAUUUGCCGAGAUGUGCACUGAAAUUUCUUCAUUCUGACUAGAAAACAUUUUUUUGGUUGAUUUUUGACCCACCGUAAUAUGGAAACAGAAAUCGAGUAAAUAUUUCUUGCGUUAGAAUCAAUCUGCUUUGAAGUUCUAUCUAGCAAAUAAUCAGAAAGUUUAAAAAUAUUGUGCGUUAGCUUCAAAAGCAUAUUAACUUCUCAAAGGAAUUAUUCUGCCAUUGACAAUUUUGAAAUUCACAGAUAAAAUGCGACCUCCGACUGCUCAGUCAGUUCUCCUUCAAUCUUGGAAUGUGCUUCGAAAUCGAAGGAAUCGACAAGAAGAAGAAGAAAAAUGGCAACGGGGUUAAUUGGAUUUUCUUUUUUGAAACAGUAAACCGAUCUUCAGAUGUUUACCGGCCACAAAAAACGUAUCCUCUCGACGGUCGUGACGUCAUCAAUGGAUCAGAAAAACGGCGACGAGCCUCUGAAACAAGGAGUCACCGACAUGCUCAUCAAGCAUCACCUCUUUUCCUGGGAUCUCUGA